UGGGGGUUUUCAAUUAGAUUCUGUUCAUCUAAACCCUUCUAAAACCCUAACCCUUUUCUCAUCACCACCUGUGAUGCAAUCAUCACCAAAAUCACAUCAAUUCAAUCCACUCAAACUCAAUUCAUGCUCCAUUGCAUCCGGCACCAAUGCCGAUCACUAAUUCGUCGACCCUUAAACCCUUCAACCCUAAUUUCACCCAUAUCCUCAUCACUAAUAUCUUCCCAAACCCUUCAAUUAGAACCCCAAACCACUUCAUUAUCUCCAAACGCCUCUUCCCCUUACGGGGUUCUCUCAAUCUUUAAACAAUUGUGUGGUUCACGUUUGAAAUCUGAUGAUGGGUUUGGAAGUAUGGUUUCGGGUUUGAAAUGUAGUGAAGUAGAUGAAGUUAUCGAUUAUUUGCGGAUGAAUGAUUCGGAUUCUGCUGUGGAGUUGUUUGAGUUGUUGAAGAAUGAGUAUGGGUUUAAGCAUUCAAGGAGGUCUCAGUUUGUAAUUGCUCAUGUUUUGGCUAAUCGACGACGGAUUAAGAUGCUGCGGUCGAAUUUUACGCAAAUGGUGCAAGAAGAAGGUUCGGGCUCAGGGCCUUCUCUUUGUGAGCUGCUUUCGGUCAACUUUAAGUGUUGGAACGACAACGCUAUCGUUUGGGACAUGCUGGCAUUCGCAUACUCUAGAUCCGAAAUGGUGCACGAUGCCCUUUUUGUUAUAGCCAAGAUGAAAGAUUUGAAUAUCCAGCCUUCAAUAAUGACAUACAACAGCUUGUUAUACAACUUAAGGCACUCGGAUAUCAUGUGGGACGUCUACAACGACAUCAAAGAAAGUGGCAUCCGCGAAAGCAAACAAACAAAAUCCAUUCUCGUAGACGGUUUAUGUAAGCAAUCUUUAAUGCAAGAAGCAGUAACCCUUCUUCACGAAACCGAUCAUGUUGCUUCGUUUAACACCAUCAUGUCGAGUUUCUCUAAAAUGGGGUUCGUAGAUGUUGCACAAUCCAUUUUCGGUUUGAUGUUGAAAUUUGGAGUGCAUCCGGAUGCGUACAGUUAUAAUAUUCUUAUCAACGGUUUAUGUUUAGCGGGUUCUAUUGAAGAUGCGUUAAAGUUCACGUAUGACAUGGACAAACACGGAGUUGAGCCCGAUGAAACGACAUACAACACGAUUUCUAAAGGCUUUCGUGUACUCGGUAAGAUAAACGGGGCGUUAAAGUCGAUUCAACAAAUGCUUACAAAAGGGUUAACGUUAAACCCUAACAGUAUCACGUACACGUUACUGAUAUGCGGGAAUUGCCAGGCUGGCAAAGUGGACGAAAGUCUUAUUUUGCGGGACGAGAUGCUUUCUCGGGGCUAUCAGUUAAAUUACGUAUCGUAUAGUGUUUUGGUAAGCAGUUUAUGUAAAAUCGGGCGGGUUGAUGAAGCGUUGUUUUUGCUUUAUGAGAUGGAAAUAGUUGGAUUAAAACCCGAUGACGUUAUGUAUUCGAUUAUUAUUCAUGGGCUCUGCAAACAAGGCGACUUACAGAGGGCGAUUCAAGUGUACAUCGAAAUGCGCACAAAAACCGUUUUUCCUAACGUUUUCGCUCAACGGGCCAUUUUGUUGGGCUUAUGCGGGAGAGGCUCGUUAACCGAGGCAAGGAUGUACUUCGAUAUGCUAACGGAUAACGACGGUAAUCGGGACAUUAUUCUUUACAAUAUCAUGAUCGACAAAUACGCAAAACUCGGUAUGAUCGACGAGACUCUGCGGCUGUACAAUCGGAUUGUGGAGAAAGGUAUUGAUUCAACGAUUGUCACGUUUAAUUCGUUAAUAUACGGUUUCUGCAUAGCGGGACAAUUAACGAAGGCAAUGCGGUUGUUUGAUAACGUCAGGGAUCAUGGAUUAGCACCUACCGCUAUAACGUACACUACACUUAUGAAUUUUUUAUGUGAAAACGGAAACAUAAAAGAAAUGUUUGAUUUAAUGCGGGAAAUGGAAGCUAGUGACGUAGAACCGACUCACGUCACGUAUACCGUAGUUAUAAAAGGUUUUUGUAAACAGUGGAAGCUUGAAGAGUCUAUGUUAGUUCUCGAUAAUAUGAUCUCACUCGGUGUAUAUCCCGAUGCAGUUUCAUACAACAUUCUGAUUCAACGGUUUUGCAAAGCGCGCAAAAUUAAACAAGCGUUUGAGUUACACGAUGAAAUGGUAUCGCGUGAUUUGAAGCCUGACGGGGUUACGUAUAAUAUUCUUAUUAACGGUUUAUGUGUAUAUGGUGAUGUACAUGAUGCUGAUAAGUUGUUUUUGUAUUUACGGGAACGUAAUUUUGUGUUAAAGAAAGCUGCGUAUAUGACGCUUGUUAAGGCGCAUUGUGUAAAGGGUGACGUGAAUCGAGUGAUGACGGUUUUUUCGGAGAUGGUGAAGAUGGGAUUUGACGUAACGGUUAGAGAUUACAGUUGUGUUGUUAAUAGGUUGUGCAAAAGACGUUUAACGAAUGAGGCGAAGGUUUUUUUAAGUAUGAUGUUUCGUAAUGGUGUUCUACCUGAUGUUUACGUUUAUACAGUGUUGAUGGAUGCUUUACGUCUAGGGGGUGACCAUCGUUCAGUACGUGAAUUACUCGCUAAUAUGGUCAAAUGCGGGUUUGAUGAUUCUUGAUUUUGGUCAAGGUAAUUAGCAAGAUAUCAUCUCACCGAUGGGUUACAACCUAGGUAUCGAUUUUUUUUUUAUUGAGAUUUUACGUUUUUACUUGACGUAAAUACAUAGCUUCUUUAAGUUCACCUGUAUGUAAAUUUACCGGAACUUGUAUAUUUAAUGAGCCAAAUUCAGAAUUAAACAAGUUAGUCUUCA